AUGAACGGCGACGUCGGUGUUAAGAAGGCGGCUAUGAACAAGGUCAAGCAAGUCGCGACGGCGGCGGCGACGGCAGCUACAACAAACCCCAUUACGAACGGAAACAAGAAACGGAGAAAGGGGCAAGAUUUGAAGCCCAUAAUGACUGGCGAGAAGGAGACUGGCAGUACGAAUGGUAGCGCGCCGCAAACACCCGCAACCACCGAUGCUGCAGCGGGCCAGAAAUCUGCACAAAGUGAUGUAACAGCCUCACUAUCGCACCAAAAAUCCACACCACCCGCGUAUACCGUACCGCCUUCCGCAAAUUCUGCCAGCUCGCGGGUGUCAUCAGGGUCGCGAACAGGCGACGAGGACGAGGGAAACACCGCCGACGAAGAAGACUACGAGGACUACUGCAAGGGCGGUUACCACCCAGUCGAGGUUGGCGAAAUCUUCAAGGAGGGACGUUAUGAAGUAAUCAGGAAGCUUGGCUGGGGUCACUUUUCAACUGUGUGGCUUUCACGGGAUAACGAGACUGGCCAGCAUGUGGCGCUGAAGGUCGUUCGCAGCGCUUCACAUUACACCGAGACUGCGCUGGACGAGAUCAAGUUGUUGCAGCGAAUAGUCGCGGCGAACCCAAAUCACCCGGGAAAGGCACAUGUCGUUCAACUGCUGGAUUCAUUUGAACACAAGGGGCCCAACGGACUGCAUGUUUGCAUGGUUUUCGAGGUUCUCGGAGAGAAUCUGUUGGGCUUGAUCAAGAGGUAUAACCACCGAGGAAUUCCCAUGGCCCUCGUCAAGCAGAUCACGAAGCAAGUGUUGUUGGGUCUGGACUACCUCCACCGGGAAUGCGGAAUCAUCCACACCGACUUGAAACCAGAAAACGUUCUGAUCGAGAUUGGCGAUGUUGAGCAAAUCGUUAGGACCUACGUCAACGGAGAGGAAGGGAAAAAGCUGGGAGUAAAUGGGGACAAGGGAGAUAGGAAUGGGCGGAGGCGAAGAAGGACGCUCAUCACUGGCAGUCAACCCUUACCUAGUCCGAUCAGCACUACAUUUGCGCAUAGACAUGACGAUCACCCGCACGGUGCAGGUGCCUCGAAGCUGAGUAACCAGAGCUCCCUGAGCAAGCUAGUUGCAAGUUCAACGACAACAUCCAAUGGCAGCUCCGAGUCUUCAUUUAAUGGAAAUAACGGCAUGGACAUGGAUGACCCUGCAUACAAGGUUCGAGAGAAGACAGCCGACGUCAUAACUAGAGAAGUUUCCGGUAUAUCACUCAACAAGCCGCCAACUGUAAAUUUUGAUUUGGACAAGAAUGAGGUCAUUCCUGGAUUGGAGAAGAUUUCUGUAAAGAUUGCGGAUCUCGGGAAUGCCUGCUGGGUAAAUCAUCACUUCACAAACGAUAUCCAAACUAGACAGUACAGGUCACCAGAGGUUAUUUUGGGAGCCAAGUGGGGAGCUAGCACAGAUAUUUGGAGCAUGGCUUGCAUGGUUUUUGAGCUCAUCACUGGCGACUACCUCUUCGACCCCCAGUCCGGCACUAAAUAUGGCAAGGAUGAUGAUCACAUCGCGCAGAUAAUUGAACUUCUUGGCAAUUUCCCGCGCCACCUCUGCAUGACAGGAAAGUGGUCCAUGGAGAUCUUCAAUCGCAAGGGCGAGCUUCGCAAUAUCCAUCGUCUGCGACACUGGGCACUUCCCGAUGUCCUACGGGAGAAAUACCAUUUCUCUGACGAAGAGGCCAACCAAAUUAGCGAAAUAUUAACACCGAUGCUGGAGUUGAACCCUGAAAAGCGAGCUAAUGCCGGCGGAAUGAGCGGACACGAUUUCGUCAAAGACACAUUAGGCAUGGAGGGCGUAGGGGUUGACGUGCCGGUAGGAAGCCGGGGUGGUAUUGAAGGAUGGGCGUGUGAGGUGAAGAAAAAAUAG